CGUGCAGCAUCAGUAGAAGCGGAGGAGGAGGAGGAUUUUUUUUCAGGACUCGUCUCGGAUCCGCGGGUCGGAGGAGGAGCUUUAACGAACCAGGCUGGAUCAGAACCCGAACUAACAGGAUCCGCGGCUCCGAACCGAGACUGAAGCGGAGACUGAAACGGGCGAUAGACCGCAGCUCUGCGGAGGUUCGGUUCCGCUAGUGGACGAGAAAACGUGACGAGAAUCACAGCGGAGGAGGAGGAGGAGGAGGAGGAGACAAGAAGGAGCGAGAAGAGGAGCGAUUAGACAAGAAGAGGAGGAUCAGAUCAGGGGAUCUCAGUUUGUGUGUUUGACAGAUUGAUGAGGAUGAUGAUGAUGAUGACGAGUUCCUCCUCCUCUUCUGAGAAGAUAAAGAAGAAGCCUCCCAAGGACAGCCUGACUCUGCUGCCAUGUUUCUACUUCGUGGAGUUGCCUAUUGUGGCUUCUUCUAUGGUGUCUCUGUACUUCCUGGAGCUGACGGAUGUGGUGCAGCCAGCUCAGGUCGGUUUCCGUUGCCACGACAGAGAGCUCAGCAUGCCGUACGUGGACGGAGGAGACGAGCUGAUCCCUCUGUUGAUGCUGCUGAGUCUGGCCUUCGCGGGUCCAGCCGCCUCGAUCAUGCUGGUUGAAGGGGUCAUCUACUGCCUCCAGUCCAGGCUGAAGCUCCUCAGACCAGAAGGAAGCAUCAACGCAGGAGGAUGCAACUUCAACUCCUUCCUGAGGAGGACGGUCCGCUACGUAGGUGUCCAUGUUUUCGGCCUGUGUGCCACGGCGUUGUUGACGGACAUCGUCCAGCUGUCCACCGGGUACCACGCCCCCUUCUUCCUGACUGUGUGUAAACCCAACUACACGCUGGCGUCAUGUGACACCAACGCCUACGUCACCAGGGACAUCUGCUCCGGACACGACCAGCACGCCAUCAUGGCUGCCAGGAAGACGUUUCCUUCCCAGCAUGCAACGCUGUCGGCCUUCGCUGCCGUCUAUGUCUCUAUGUACUUUAACUCCACCAUCUCAGACAGCACUAAGCUCCUGAAGCCAGUCCUGGUCUUUGUCUUCUCCAUGGCCGCGGUCUUGACCGGUCUGACUCAGGUCACUCAGCAUCGCAGUCACCCCAUCGACGUCUACGUGGGCUUCCUGGUCGGAGCCUUCGUUGCCGCCUACCUGGUGAGACCCCACCCUCUGUUGACAUGGAAACGGCUUCAGCAUAAAACGGGAAACAGGCGGAGUGGAAAAGGACAAAAGGCGCUUCACGCCGUCUCCAACUUUCAGUCCUCUGAUGAUGUCACCCCGCCCCCCCACGCUCCACCACCAAAGGAGGACCCACUCCGAGCUUUGACGGAACGAGGACAUGAGUCCGUCUACAACAAGGGCCCCGCCUCCGCCUCCGAGAGUAAUGAUGAGAUCACGGCUGCUCCGGCCCCCAUGGACCGGCUGGAGGGUCUGGGGCCCCUGCAGAGGGAGAAGGGCUCCAUGGGGGAUCUGAAGAGGGCCAGCGUGGACGUGGAGCUGCUGGCUCCCCGGAGCCCCAUGGGCAAAGAGACCAUGCUAACGUUCAGUAACACGCUGCCCAGGGCCAGUAUGAAUGUUAACGGAGUGCUGGGGUCCAGCGACGGACAUGGGGAGUCAGUCCAGCCAGUCCAGCCGGUCCAGGCCUUGCAGCCGGUGCAGCGGCGCCUGAAGGCCGUGCAGGUUCCCGUGGACCCGAUGCGGUCGCAGCAGCUGGUCUCGGAGUGGAAGCAGAAGUCCCUGGAGAUGCGAGGGCUGAGCCUCCAGGAUGAGACGGAGCGUGAAGCCAGCGAGGACGGCUCUGAGGUGAGCUCUGUGGGGGCCGACGAUGGGGGGUCUCAGCUCCCCCUGUUCCAGCCUGCAGUGCAGUCUGGAAGGUCGAGCCGUAACCCUACACCACCUCCAGGGGGCGCCAAAGCUGUGGCAACUCCUAGACCUCCACAGAUUCCUGAAGCUGGCCCUCCACCCGUGUCCCCUAAAAGUGCCCUGACCCGGGCCAAGUGGCUCGCCAUCCGGGAGAAGACGAGCGUGGAGGCGUCAUCCCGCGGCGCCGCCAACCAGCCACGACUAAUGCAGGUCAUCGCCAUGUCAAAGCAGCAGGGCCUUCUGCCCUCCUCCUCCUCCGGGGACAGGUCUUCUGAAACCACUUCCACCUGCUCCAGUACCUCCUCCACCGUCAGCUCACCUCACUACCGCCCUCCCUCCGAGCAUCAGGGGUCAGCCAUCAUCACCGUGGACGCCCAUGCCUCCCACCAUCCCGUUGUCCGAGCCCCGACUCCUCCCCAGGCCCCGCCCCUUACAGGGAACGGGACACCGUGGGAGUGGGCAGGUCCGUCCAAUGGGAGCGACCCACGAGACACCUACGACCUCAACAACAGAGGAGACUCUGCAGCCCGCGGCAGCAGCUUCCAUCCACGCCGGUCCGCCUCACCGUGCGCCCUGAUUGACCCCUGCCUGACUCCGCCCACAUCACACCCACAGUGUGAGAUCUCAGUGGACGCUCAGCGCAGGGAAAUGGCCAUGAGACGCAAGACGGCGCUAGUUCUGUUGGACCGGGAGAUCCGAAACCAGACUGAACAGGAGAACUAUUAUAAGAGUUUGCAGGGACGGAGGUUCAAGGACUAGUGAGCAUUAUGAUGAAUGUUUCCAUCCAGAGGGUUGGUGGUUCAACGUCUUACCUCAGUCUCUGGGGGGUGGGGGGAUUUGGUUCUGACCUGUUGGACUUGUUCUGGUUUGCUUGGUUCAGUCUGAGCUUUCCGGUACAUGUCCAACGGUGUACUUCAGUGGACCAGGACAGUGUCUGGAUCUUUAGCAGAGACAUGAGAAAGUAGGGGGACAGUUUUCGUGGCGACUCAUUAAAUGAAUUAUCUGGAGUUACCAGAACUCUGCAUUAGAAUCUGAGCCAUACAACACACUGGAUCCAUGAUUCAAACCCAGAACCUCUUACACAAACUCUAUAUUUCCUGGACUGGUGUUGUCAUCGCUUGGUUGCUAUAGUGAUUCUCAGCAUGUUUUGUGAGCUGCUCUCUGAUUGGUCGAGGCUGUAAGUCUGUGUGUGAAUAUUUAAACUGAUAAAACACUGAUUUCAUUUUAAAGCUGUAAUAUAAUAUUUUAGUGAAUGUUGGUUGUUCUGUUGUGGAAACGUGAAACCAGAGAGUUUCUGUAAAUAUGAAGAACUGAAGAGUGUUAAUGUUGCAUGUGUUCACAGUUCAUCUCUGAGAGGUUUCCACUGAAUGUAAAAGAAAAUCUGCUGCUAAACAAUCUGUCAGAGAUGGAGAUGCUGCAUGCUGUGUGGUCGCCACGACGACAGAAAUAAAACUCCAUGAUUCCA